AAAUUCACUCAAAGGACGCACUGGUGACAGAGGACAUACGCAACACAUCAUUCUCCACAGCUUCUUGGUGAGAAAAAUGUCGAAAGAACAGCCAGAGCUGACCCAGACACCCCUGCAGAAGAUCUGGGUACCCUGGGUGAGCCGUUCAUUGAAGCAGAGAAGAGGGUCAUCUGUGCCUCAAUUUACCAACUCCCCCACUAUUAUUGUGAUGGUGGGGCUUCCAGCCCGGGGAAAGACCUAUAUCUCCACGAAGCUCACCCGCUACCUCAACUGGAUUGGAGUACCCACAAAAGUCUUCAAUCUGGGCCAGUACCGCAGAGAUGCUGUCCAGACCUACAAGACCUUUGAGUUUUUUCUUCCAGACAAUGAGGAGGCCAUGGCUAUCCGCAAAACUUGCGCAUGGACAGCCUUGAAGGACAUCUCUGCCUACUUCUUGCUGCAGCAGGGGCAAGUAGCAGUAUUUGAUGCUACAAACACCACACGGGACCGCCGGGAGAUUAUUCUCAGCUUCGGCAAGGAGAAUGGCUACAAGGUUUUUUUUGUGGAAUCCAUUUGUCAUGAUCCUGACAUUAUUGAAGCAAAUAUAAUGCAGGUGAAGCUCAGCAGCCCUGACUACAAGGACUGUGACAAGGAGGAGGCACUGGAGGACUUCCUGAAACGUAUCGAGUGCUAUGAGAUGACCUAUGUGCCCUUGGAUGAAGAAAUGGACAGGAACCUGUCUUAUAUCAAGAUCUUCAAUGUGGGCUUGCGGUACCUCGUGAACCAGGUCCAGGACCACAUCCAAAGUCGCAUUGUGUACUACUUGAUGAACAUACACGUGACAUCACGCUCCAUCUACCUGUGUCGCCACGGCGAGAGUGAGCUCAAUCUGCUGGGUCGUAUUGGGGGAGACUCAGGCCUCUCUCUUCGGGGCAAACAGUUUGCAUGUUCCCUUGCGGGCUUCAUCCGGAGCCAGUGCAUUCGGGACCUCAAGGUGUGGACCAGCCACAUGAAAAGGACCAUUCAGACAGCGGAGGCCCUGGGAGUACCCUAUGAGCAGUGGAAGGCUCUCAAUGAGAUCGAUGCGGGAGUGUGUGAGGAGCUGACAUAUGAAGAAAUCCAGGAUCACUACCCGGAAGAGUUUGCACUGAGAGACCAGGACAAGUAUCGCUAUCGCUACCCCAAGGGUGAGUCCUAUGAGGACCUAGUGCACCGACUGGAGCCGGUGAUUAUGGAGUUGGAGAGGCAGGAGAACGUGCUGGUCGUGUGUCACCAAGCUGUCAUGCGUUGCCUACUCGCCUACUUUCUGGACAAGAGUUCAGAUGAACUCCCUUACCUCAAAUGCCCUCUUCACACAGUUCUGAAACUCACACCUGUGGCAUAUGGGUGCAAAGUGGAGCCCAUCUUCCUGAAUGUGGAAGCUGUGAACACACACAGAGACAGACCCAUAAAUGUGGAUGUCACCAGGGACCCAGAAGAGGCUCUUUUAACUGUCCCAGAACAUAUAUGAAAGACCAUACUGGAGACUACCUCAACUGACAUAUUACAAUUUAAUAUUACAAAAUAUUAAAUAUUUUGCUUUUCCUUUCCGUUUA